AGCACAGGAAGAAGAGCGGAAGCAGGGGAGGGUCCGUGCAAGCUCACUCGGUCUUGCGUCGACACCUCGCUCACCUUCGUGCAGAUCGAGACACGCCAUCUUUGGCCAAGCGUCGGGGGUUGCCACCGCGAGCUUAAAUUUUUUAUUUACAGCCCGGACAAACUUCACUCGUCCUCGACGAAUUUCCUUCGCACUUCAAAAGGAAAAGGGCGAAGAGAGCGACACGUGCCUGACACCACCGGCCGGUCGCGGGAUCUUUAGGGCUUCGGCAACUUACAAGUGCAACACAGGUUUACUUAAAGGGACCCCCCCCCUCAAAAUAACAGACAGGAUGUUGGCAGUGGCCCAGCGCCCAGAGCCCACAGUUAUGCUGAACCAUCGAGGGGAACGGAUCAUGCCGAUGCCGUACCGCCCCAUGCCCAAGAGCAAGUCCAAGACGCGCAAGCUCUCUGUCAUGGAGGGCGAGUACGAGCGCGUGUACAUGACGAAGAAGCAGCGCAGCGAGUACAAUCUCGAGCCCGAGCUCGAACCCGCCGUGUUAGCUAUGAGUCGUGAGGAAAGCGCCGAGAGGAACUCUCCUUUCGACCUGCACCUACAAGCCGUGUACGAGGGCAAUGCAGAGGACGGACUGCAGUUCUUCGAGUCGCACGGCUACUACGACAUCACCGACGCCAAUACGGUGGAGAUGUUCCGCCAGAACUUUGGCCUUGGCGAAGGAUUCUGGCUGGGCAGAGAGGAGGAAGAAGAGGACGAAGUGUUCGACACUCUCAUCCCCGCCGUCUACCCGUUCGGAUCUCAGCAACAGAUCUUGAGCUCCAGGAACCUGCUCACUCGUCAACGUACGAACUCGGGCAGAUUCACUUUACUGGACGACGAUGGCAACGAGGUGGACGAAGACACACUCUGGGAGUUGGAACGUGAGGAUAGACUCAAAGCCAAGAGUCUUGAACUCGACGACGACGACCUCGCUGAACUGGAAAACGAUGAAGUCAUUAUGGUACAAGCCAUUACCUUCAUUCGCUCCGAGAAGAUCCAAUUGCAACAGUUCUUCCUGCAGGCUCUUCAGGAGGAACAAGCCCGAACGACGCACAUGCCUGGCCCUGUAUUGAGGCAGCCUCUGCGGACGGAACUACCGCCCGCUAUGCCUCCUGCAGGUCUGGAACUACCGCCCUACUGUGGCUACGUGAAUCUGCUGAAGGACACAAUCCCCUUUUUGAUGCGUAGCUGGCACAAACGCUGGUUCUACCUCGACUUCCAGGCGGGCGUAGUGCUCAUGUACAAACGCAGCUACUGGAAGAGUCCUCGUGGAGUCAUUGACUUGCGUAAUGUGGCCCACAUUGAAAAGAUGAGUCAGGGCGACUUCCGCCUUGAGUUCCACGACACUGGAGCUGACGCUCCGGCAAUGAUGCUCAUGCGCUCUAAGACCCCUGAAGAGGCAGAGCUGUGGGCUAAUUUGAUGCGUUUCGCCAAGCAGGCGUCAUGUAAUGCACCUCGUCUCACGAACACUAUCAUGGACAACACGAAGGCGCUGAUGAAGAAAGCUAACAAGAAGAACCAGGUGGAUAUCUUGGCACAGCUGUUGCAGAACUCAGCUAAUAAUGCGCCGUCGAGUAACCUCCGAGCAAUCGCUCAGGCCUCGGCAGUAGCAGCAUCUGCUGUGUCCAGACGCAAUAGCAAACCCAACAGACACACGGCAUAAGCUCGUGAUUGUCAUCUUACACACGAAUGGUGGGAAGUCACAUCAGCUGACCAAGACGAGAAAAAGCACAAGACAAGAGAAAAAUCUGUUUAAAAGAGUUUAAAACUCUGUUGGCCGAAAAAAACAAGCGCGCAGGAGCUCUCUAUCUAUUUCCCGUUCCAAGUGUACAAGAGCUUCCAGCGUACUGCCUCAACAUGUUCAUAGCUUAACCCAUUUUACCCACCACAACCAACUCGACGAGCCUUCGGACUUCCGUCAUCUUUGCAGAAACAAAGGAAAAAAUACAAUAUCUUCUGUAGCUGUA